UUUUGUGUGCAGAUGCCAGUUCUCACGCUCAACUUGUGAUUGUUAGACUUAUCAGUAAUAAUCAUUCCACGUAAAAUCAACUUAGAAAUGUGAGAUGAAGGACUACCAGUUAAUGGACAGCGCAUCACAACUGGCAAACCUAUUGUAUAGCAAAUACGGAGCGUAUAAAGUGCAUAGUAACUGCGAGUCAGACCCAGCGAUACUGUUUAGGCUACGGUAUAACAUCCUCCUUUUUCAUAAUGAAAUCGUUGUAUUAUUUUAUCGCUCUAGCUUCACUCGGCAACACACUGUCAUGCUCGCCUGCGAAGCCGCCAGUGGACUGCAACCUGCCACCCAUUCCUCAAGCAGCGUCACCAGUACAGCAUCUCUUUCGGAACAAAAAUCUAAAUGAAACCGAUCCAGGCAGUUAUCUGGAAGUGCAUUGUCAAUCGGGACUCCGUACUACUGACAUCGUCACGACCAAUAACAUCCGCGCCCGUAGUCCAAAUCAUGCUGUGGUUCUUUACUGUACUGAGCGAGCCGACGCUGAAGAUCCUCUACAUUACGAUGUAAUGGAUCCGGUACGAUAUCAGCUAAUUGAAUUGACGUUGACAAAGUGUGCCACCCCGGUUACCACCGACAAAAUCCACGCUACCGGAUGGCUGCCGAACCUGGUCGUGUUACGCCUGCAGGACGGCAAGAAUUUGGUGAUCAAGAAGCGCGAUUUUGCGCGGAUGCGGAAAGUACGCAUGUUAUUCUUCUUCAUGACAACCAUCGACACAAUAGAACCGUACACCUUCACCGACCUACCGCACCUGCGGAGUUUGAUUUUGGAGGGAGGAAUUGGUUAUGAAUUACUGUCAUUUAAUGACCGUAACGACCCAAUUAAUUCGUAUCGUUGGUCAAUGAGUAUACUGAACCCGGGAGGCGUAGAGAAAGUGCGUCGUCUCCACUGUAACUGCUCUUAUGCCUGGUUGCGCAACUUCCUCAAGCGGCAGCCACACUUGACGGUGCCAAAAAAGGAAGGGGAGAUCGCAAUUAUCGGGAGGUACGUGACACCAGCGUUUGCCAGCUUCGUCGGGCACUCUCUCUUUCUAAGUGUGGAUUGCGCCCGUAGUUUGUCGCACCAAAGUGCGUAUGUGGGCACUCUGUUUUCAUAUAAUACCUCGUGUUAUGAAGAGUGUUAGCCAAGCUCUGCAAGAUGUUAGGAAUGACACAAGAAUUACGAGUACACAAUGGAAACGAAAAAGCAACAGAUUGUUAAAGCGGCUGUUAUAGCUUUAUCUCUAAGCUAAUUAAUCAGUUAACUGGGCGCGCUUAAUGGGCUUCCGUAUUAUCUUUCCGUUUCUAUUCAAAAUGCCGCCCAAAUAAAGCGUGA